UAAUAGCGAAGUAAUUACUUCUGUCCCUGCAGAGAGCUGCGCUAUUAUAUUUGACAUUAAAAAGUAUAAAGGUUGCAACAUUGUAUCUAUAUGUAUCCGAAUAAAAAAUCUAUAUCUGAAAUGGAUACAAAUAGAUACAAUGUUGCAGUCUCUAUACUUUUUAAUGUCAAAUAUAAUAGCGGAGCUCUCUGCAGGGACAGAAGGAAUGUUUCAGCUGUCAUCGGGGUUUUCCCACUGACAGCUGAAUUUUAAAUUAUUUCCGAUUUUGGUGUACAAAAAAAGUAUAAGUGAUAUUAUCAGAGUUUUUGUUUUUUUCAGUUAACAAUCAGAU